AUGUUGAAAGCUAAACCUGCUUCAGUUCCUAUGCUGUAUAAUGGGAAACUUUCUAAGGAGAGUGGCAUAAGAUUGCCAGAUCCAUUACAAUAUAGAAGACUACUCAGACGACUCCUGUAUCUCACCAAUACUUGUUUGGACAUUACUUUUGAUGUUGGGAAGCUCAGCCAAUUUUUGGAUUGUGCAACUGAUGAGCAUUACAAGGCAGCACUACACGUUCUUCGAUACAUCAAGAAAUCUCCUUCUAAAGGUCUUUUCUUCUCUUCAAAUAAUGAUCUCAAAUUGACUGGUUAUGUUGAUUCGGAUUGGGCAAUUUGUUCUAAUACUCGUCGAUCAAUAACUGGGUAUUGUUUUUUCCUAGGUUUUUCAUUAGUGUCUUGGAAGAGUAAGAAGAAAACAACUGUAGCAUGUUCUUUCUCAGAAGCUGAAUAUCGUGCCAUGGCACAAGCAACUCGGGAAGGUCAAUGGCUUCUUUAUCUUCUUAAUGACUACCAUGUAUCUCAUCCUCAACCAAUCAAUCUCUAUUGUGACAAUCAAUAUGCGCUGUAUAUUGCAGCUAAUCUGGUCUUUCACGAAAGAACCAAGCACAUUGAAUUAGAUUGUCACAUUGUUCGUGAAAAGUCUCAAACAAGGGUGCUGAAAUUGCUACCUAUUAAAUCAGCUCAUCAAACGGAUGAUUUACUUACUAAAGCGUUAUCACCAGGUGUCUUUGAACCUUUACUUUUCAAGUUGGGCAUGCUUGACUUACACGCCCCACUUGUGGGAGGAUAUUCUGUGGAUGAUAAGAGGUUAAAGGUUUCAAUAAGUCUUAAUUCAAGGGAGGAUGAUUAUAAUGUUGCUGAACUUGCAACUAAUUCAUUCAGUUUCAACAUGAGGGAGGAUGUUAGAGAUGAUAUUAAGCUGGUAUCUAAUGGCUCAUAA